AUGCAAAGUGAUUUCUAAGAGGAAGUAGUUAAAUCAGAAUACGUUUAAGCAGAGGAUCAAUCGUUCAAGUUUGUCAAUAUGCCUAGUUAUAAUCCAGAACAACUUGUAGAGGAUCGUCUCAGAGAGUCUAUUCGACAAUCAGCUGCUCAAAGAACAGUCAAUCAUUAGGAUGACCCAACUUCUGUGAAAUUUCAUAGACAUCAAUCGUACAAUCAAUUACAAGCUUGGAUGGAACAAGUGGGAAUCGAUAUGUAGCAACACAGACAAAUUAUUAAGGAUGUGUAUCGUCUUUUAGAUAAGCGAAUUGCAAUUUCAAACAGAAGCAUUCAAAAUCUCAUUCAUUUCAUCAAGACAUUUGUGUAACAUGAAAAAUAAAAUGUAGAGUAUUUGAGAACUAAGAAUAAUGAUAUCAAUAAGCUGUUUCAAGACGGAUAGACAUUCUACUACCCUAAAUUGGAUGAAACCAUCAAAGAAAUUUGUAAUUACGAUCAAGGUAAUGCUAUCAAAAUCUUGAAUCUCCUCGAUGGGAUUGACAAAUUCAUAAAAGAGAAGCUGGACUUCAACAUAGAGAUGUUUGAAACUGGCAUCUCAAUUCAUAGAGAUCAAUAUCGGAAGGCCUUUAGUAAUUUCGCCUCCAGUUCUUCCAAACUCACAAAAUAUCGCAGGAGACACUAAGGAUUGUAUCUUAGACAGAUGCAGGGAGAAUCCAAAGGGAAGGAUCUCUAUCAUACUGAACGCAAAUUGAUCAACUCCUUUCUUGAGAUGGCUAAAUUGUAGAAGAAUAUGGGAUAGGCAGUAACAAGACUAUUUGAUGAAGUCAAGAAACAAGAAGUCCACAGAUAUCAAAUUGUCAUCACUUCUCUUAGGAUGUAUCUUGAUAAGCAUGUCCAAUUAAGUCAGAGCAAAUAACAAUAGAUCUCAGCCUAAGAAGAAUUGAUAUAUGGACUUAUCAAUUAAUUGGAAUCUGAAUAAGUAAUAGAAUCAUUUGAAGUAUUGAAUUUCUUAGGCCCUGACAUUGUGAGGAUUGUAUAGAAGAUGCUUGGGAAACAACAAUUGACCCUUCCACAAUUGCAGGAUUUCCUCUGCAAUUACCCUGAUGCCUAUAUAAAAUUGAGUAGUGUUCAGGAGAAUCAUUCCUUGGUUAAAUUAAGAAUUAAAAGUGCAUAAAUUGAUUGUGGUAAUGUCCUGAAAACUUGGAAGCCUUGUCAAAUUAUUGCUACAAUUGAUAACAACAUUCUUAUCUACUUGAAGGAGAACAAUGAGUUCAAAGGCAAAUUCUAUUGCGACUCUUCACAUAUUGUACAAAAGACCAGAGUGCCUUUGACUGCAGAAAUCAAAUGUACGAAAGCUGGGUUUAUAUUUGACUCUACCAAAACAGCUCUCUUGCAAUUGGAAGCUCAGGAUUUCGAUUCUCUUCAUGGUUUGUUAUUCAAAUAACCCAAAUGA